AUGGAAGUCACGAGCAGCAUACACACGAAUUCAACCACGAAGCGCCUGAAUGGAGGUAGCGGCAGGACCCUUCUUCACACGCCCAUGUCAGUCAUAGUCAAUCCACGUCUCCCCAUUGGCACAAUAGCUUGUCGCCGCCGGAUGAGAAAGGCUGCGAGAGACUAUAAGAAGUCUAGCAGAUGCUUUUCGCAAUCCUUCCUCGGCAUCAACAGCAAUAGCAACAACAGACGUUUCACACAUCCGUCGCACCAGUCAACAGCAACACCUCCUGACUACUUCAAAACACGUCGUACACAAGAUGCAAUUCAAAUCCCUCUACCAGUUGAGGAUGAGAACCACCUGCAACCUGAGUCUAACUCAUUCCAGUCAUCAAAUCUGGCCGCCCGCGAUGUGAACCAUGUCGACCAAGUCAACGGACUCGAUAAAUAUCUCGAGAACGCUGGUGUCCAGAUCAAACAAGAAGGCAACGCCAAGGAAUUGUGCGUUGGGCUCGGUUGCUACCCCCAUUACCGCGCUCUGGGCGUCUUGGGCGACUGUUGUAACGGAGUGGUGUUCGACGUUGCAUACCUCAACGCUCAUUACCCAUACUGGCCGUAUUACAACUACUACCCGGGCUGCGUUUCGAUGGCGCGAACGGAGCAUGAGGAGCAAGAGGUUGUGCUGGUCUCAUUGAGAGUGUUUCCAAUACCCGCAAUUCUCCAUACGAUUGUACAGGAAAUGAAUAGAGCCGACCUCGAAGGCAUGACUAAUGGAUUUAUGUCUCCUGUGAAAUUCCAUUACUAUCACCGGGAAUUACAAGUGAAAGUCUUUGGAGCGCCGCUUGUGACGUCGCCUACAACACUUGCAUUCGGUAACUUGCAUAGCGCCCACAAAAUGUCCCUCCUCUCACAUUUACCACCGAGCCACUUCCGCGAAGUGAUAAGGCAUCCACGAUACUAG